CCUCCUCCUCCUCCCGCCGCCGCCGCCGCCGCUCCCCGCCUCUCCCGCUCGCCAUCGCGGCGGCCCAGCCCGCGCCGCGCCGCGCCCCCCGCCCGCCGCUCUCCCCCUCCCCGGCCGCCGCCCGCCGCAGGCUCCACGGCGCAGGCCCGCCGCAGCGCAGCCGCUCUGAGUAACUAUUGAUGGAAGAACACGGGGUGACCCAAACAGAGCACAUGGCCACCAUCGAGGCCCACGCAGUGGCCCAGCAGGUGCAGCAGGUCCAUGUGGCCACCUACACAGAGCACAGCAUGCUGAGUGCGGAUGAAGAUUCACCAUCAUCACCAGAGGACACAUCCUAUGAUGACUCUGACAUCCUCAACUCCACGGCGACCGACGAGGUCACUGCCCACCUGGCUGCAGCAGGCCCGGUGGGGAUGGCAGCAGCUGCUGCUGUGGCAACGGGUAAGAAACGGAAGCGACCACACGUGUUUGAGUCCAACCCCUCGAUCCGCAAGAGGCAACAGACGCGUUUGCUACGGAAGCUCCGAGCCACGCUGGAUGAGUACACCACCAGAGUGGGGCAGCAGGCCAUCGUUCUGUGCAUCUCACCCUCCAAACCCAACCCUGUCUUUAAAGUAUUCGGCGCUGCACCCUUGGAGAACGUGGUACGCAAGUACAAGAGCAUGAUCCUGGAAGACCUGGAGUCGGCGCUGGCCGAGCACGCUCCCGCGCCCCAGGAGGUUAACUCAGAGUUGCCACCUCUCACCAUCGAUGGCAUCCCCGUCUCGGUGGACAAGAUGACCCAGGCACAGCUGCGAGCUUUCAUCCCUGAGAUGCUGAAGUAUUCCACAGGUCGGGGGAAACCAGGCUGGGGCAAGGAAAGCUGCAAGCCCAUCUGGUGGCCUGAGGACAUUCCAUGGGCCAACGUUCGCAGCGACGUCCGCACAGAGGAGCAGAAGCAGCGGGUGUCGUGGACCCAAGCGCUGCGGACCAUCGUGAAGAACUGCUACAAGCAGCAUGGGCGUGAGGACCUGCUCUAUGCCUUUGAGGACCAGCAGACACAGCAGCAAACAACCACCACGCACAGUAUAGCCCACCUGGUGCCCUCACAGACAGUGGUGCAGACCUUCAGUAACCCUGAUGGCACCGUGUCCCUCAUCCAGGUUGGCACUGGUGCUACAGUGGCCACGCUGGCCGAUGCCUCCGAGUUGCCAACCACAGUGACCGUCGCACAAGUCAAUUACUCUGCAGUGACUGAUGGAGAGGGUCAGCUCUGGGCACAGGAGAAUGAAGCAGUUGCCAUGAACGUCAGACGGCCGGGGACGGCUAAAGAGCUCCGACGAACGCCAGUUGUGCUUUUGCCCAAGUGCUGGAAAACCAGAUUGGCAGCUGCUGAGGAGUGUGUGAUAGAUGUGGAGCAGAACUGGGCAACGCUACAGGGGGGUGAGAUGACCAUCCAAACGACGCAGGCAUCGGAGGCCACGCAGGCGGUGGCAUCGUUAGCAGAAGCAGCAGUGGCAGCAUCUCAGGAGAUGCAACAAGGAGCAACUGUUACCAUGGCACUCAACAGUGAAGCAGCUGCCCACGCAGUAGCCACGCUGGCUGAAGCCACUCUUCAAGGUGGAGGACAAAUUGUCCUAUCUGGUGAAACUGCAGCAGCAGUAGGAGCACUUACUGGAGUCCAAGAUGCCAAUGAGAUGCAACUCACUGUUUAUUUCAAUUAACUGGAAGAAGGUUUGUCAAAACAAGCUCAACAAGGAUGCAAAGUGUGAAGUUGCAAAGAAACGUCUCCUCGAGGAUGGGACGAUUUGGACUUUGUCAAAGGAGGAACAAGCAUGUGCAGUUGGGUGGCAGAGCAGUGACUUCUGCCUUGUCACUUUUGCAUGUAAAGCAGGAAUCGGGCUAGAUGUGACCUCGAGUUUAACUUCCAUCAAAAUCCUUAUCUCUUAGGGAGCACACUUGUUUUAGAAUGUCAAUGUUUGCAGCGAAAACCGGUCAG